UUGUGUUCCCCUGUUUUUCUUUGUUUGACUUGAUUUAAUUAUUGUCUUUGAAAAGCCUCUGGAGGAAAGUCAAUAAAAUAUGUAUCUAUGUGUGAUGUAUUUUUAAUUUGUAAAACAUUUUUUGUUGCAGACGAUGGCAAGCAAAAGGACUUAUUCAAACGACCAUGGGUUUAUUCACAACCUCAGUCCAAUUAAGAAGUCCCUUAAGUCAAAGCAUCAGUGGUAUGAAUUUCAGCUUCAAACUUCACCCACUAAAGUGAAACGUUUGGUAGGAUUUAAUCUCUAUGUCCAUGAUUCCUUAAAACAUUUUGAGGAAACCAAGAGCCCAGUACAGCUCAAGAACAUUAUUGUAAAAGACGACAAUGAAUGUAUUUUCAAUCAACAAUCUGCCGUACAUAAAGCAGGCUUGUCAGAUGUAUCAUUUUGUUACACCGAGCAGCCAAAGCUUGAAAGUGCAGGUGAAUCAAGUGCUGCAAAGUCAGUUACUGUGUCGAAUGUAAAAGGUUUGCACCCAAACCAAAAAGUCAAUGUCAGUGGUUCCCUCACUAUGGGAAAAGAAGACCUCAAGGCUGUUGUUCUCAGAUCCACUGGAGCAACAGCCCAUGUGAAGGAAGAUUGCGUGUUGGAGGACAACACUGGGUCAUCAAUGAUUCACAUUUGGGAACCCCUUGUCCAUACCUUGACAACGGGUAAAUCAUACUGCUUCACCAACCUGACAGUAAAGAAUUUCCAAGGGUCGACGUAUCUAAGUACAUCGCCAAACACAACAGCAAACCUUACAACACAAACAGUGCAAACCCUGACUGGACCAGAUAUGCUCAAAAGUCCAGAAAAGGAAGUAACUGCUUCAGAAUUCAAUUUGGUGUCAAAGCUAAACAUCUUUUGUUCCUGCAAAGUGUGCAAAAAACGCUUAAAUGAUGUUGAAUCAUUCACUUGCACCACACUGAAGUGUGAAAACUGUGGUACACGUCAAAGAUCAAGAGAUAUCAAACUGCAGGCUUCAGCAAAAAUUUCUAUCACUGAAUCAGAAGGUGACAACAGCAAAGAGAUGUGGAUCCAGGCUUUCACUGAGCAACUAGAAACCCUGCUGGCAGGAUCAACCUUAUCCCUAAAGGAUAAAAUCGAUGACAUUGAAGUUUAUCUUAUGUCUCUGGAAGACAUUUGUUUGGUAUACAAUGUCCAAACAACAAACAUUACAAAGAUUCUCUCCUUUAAACGUCCAGAAGUACACUCUGAUUAGCACAUUGUCUGUGAACAGUCCAAUACCCUUGUGUGAUUGUCUCGGAGGACGUUGGAAAGUUAAAAUUGUUGUUUAAUACUGAUGUAACAUGUGUAGUCUCGAACUGGCCCAUGCAUCCCAAAGCUAAAAGAUGUGCAUCUGCUUUCCCAGGUGUUUGACUUUGAGGAACGUUAUAGCAGUGAAUGAAAAAUAUUUUGUUACAGUUUAGAUUCAUGUGUUAGAGAUUUCGCUCUAUACAUCCCUUAAUUAAGGAUAAAAUUAAUGACGUUGAAGUUUAUCUUAUAUUGUCUCGAAGAAAAUAUUUGUUUGGUCAACAAUGUCCAAACAAUGAACAAUACAAAGUUCUUUCCUUUAAACGUCCAGACGUAAACUCUGAUUAGUUCAUUCUGUGUGAACAGUCCAAUAACAUUGUGUGACUGUCUCGAACGAUGUUGGAAAAUUAAAAUUAUUGUUUAAUACUGAUGUAGCAUGUGUUAUCUCAGACUGGCCCAUGCAUCCCAAACUUAAUAGUUGUGCUAUCCCAGUUGAAUGACUGUGAAGAAAAAAUUUAUUUAGUGAUUCAGAAAUAUUUUGUUACAGUUCAUAUACAA